GUACCUUGCUUAAUCGCUUAUUCGGAACAAAUUUUGAUGUGAUGAGUGAAUCGGCGCGUAGACAAACGACGAAAGGUAUAUGGAUGAGUCGCGGAGAAGACAUGAAUGUACUUAUAAUGGAUGUCGAAGGGACCGAUGGAAGAGAAAGAGGAGAAGAUCAGGAUUUCGAACGUAAAAGCGCUUUAUUCUCAAUGGCUACCUCCAAUGUCAUUAUUGUCAAUCUAUGGGAGCACCAAGUUGGUCUAUACAAUGGCGCAAAUAUGGGUCUUCUCAAGACUGUGUUUGAAGUGAAUUUGCAACUGUUUCAAGCAGCUCGAGGAGAUCACGUUGGAACAACACCACUUUCCGAUUUAUCUAAUACUUUGACGGCAGAUUUAGGAAGAAUCUGGCAGAGUGUUUCCAAGCCGGAGGGUUUGGAAAAUUGUCAGAUAGAAGAUUACUUUGAUUUCAUGUUCACAACGUUACCUCAUAAAAUACUGCUAUCUGAUAAAUUUGAGCAAGAAGUCGUAAAACUUCGUGACAGAUUCGUGAAUCAAGACAAUAAGGAUUAUGUGUUCAAUCCAAAUUACAGUAAACGUGUGCCGGCAGACGGGUUUCAUGUAUACGCUGAAGGAAUUUGGAAUCAAAUUAUGUCAAAUAAAGAUUUAGAUUUACCGACACAACAAGAACUGCUCGCUCAGUAUCGUUGUGAUGAGAUUGCAACGGUAGCCUUUGAUGCCUUCCUGGAAAAAAUCAAAGGGUACAGAUAUCCAAUCGAAGCUGGCAAAGUACUUGUUGAUUUAGGACCGCAGAUGGAGGAUAUCCGAAAUGCUACCAUAAAACAAUUUGAUAAAGAUGCUUCUCGUUAUCACGUCGAAGUAUACAAACGGAAACGAGCCGAAAUACUCAACAAGACCAAUUCUCAACUACACGUUUUCUACCUUGGGCAACUAAAGAAUCUUACUAAAAAGGCUAUUACCACUUUCAAAACUAUGGUCCAAGAAAAAUUGAAGGGGGAAGAUUAUGAUUUUGCUCAAGUUGUGGAGAGUGCCCGUGAUGCGGCUGAAGGGAUAUUCCUCAACGGCGCUAAAGCUAUUGUUUUAACCCAGACUGAUUGGAACUUUGAGGAAGAACAUCUACAGCUUACCGAAGAGAUAAAUGAAAUUGCUUCGAAAUCACGGGUAGAGGAAACGAAAAAAAUGGUCAAAGCAUUGGAGAAAUCAUUCCAAAAUCAACUUAAUGAGCAUAUUGGAUUAUAUCUAAAUAAACCUGGUUCCGAGAUGUGGGUGAAAAUCAUCACCAAAUUCAAGGAGAUUCUUGAUCAUACCGAACAGCAAUUAUUGAGGCGUGCUAAAAGCUUUAAUUCCUCCGAAGAAGAAAACAAAACGUCUGUGGAGAAUUUACGGAAGCGUUCUUGGCAGCUCUUGAGGAAAAAAAUCGAUGAAGAAGUUGCUGAUAACAUGUUUUUACUUAAAUUACGCGAACGAUUUGAGGAGAAAUUCCGUUAUGAUGACGAGGGUAUCCCCAAAGUAUGGAAACCAGACGACGAUAUCGAUGCCCAUUUCAGGAAGGCGAGGGAAGAGGCACUUAAUCUGAUUCCGUUAUUUACUGAAAUCAAAAUCCCUGAAGAUGUCAAGCUGGAUAUUCCUUCAGAUAACGAUCUUGACUUCAACGAAUCAUUAACGAUCCUUUCGGAAACACGACAGCACGAGCUGACUGUUCGUUUCAAACGCGAAUCAGAUGCCUUUUACUUGGAAGCAAAACGAUCUGUCGUAUCAACAACUGCGCAUAUACCAUACUGGGUUUAUCUUCUACUUGUUGUUCUCGGGUGGAACGAAUUCUUAACAAUUCUAACCUCACCAAUUUAUUUGGUGGCUUUUUGUUUCUUUGGAUUUAUUGGCUACGUGGUCUGGCUUCUAAAUUUAACCGGACCUAUAGAGAAUUUUGCGCGUAUGAUUGGCGCAGAGGUGGUAAAGAUUGGACGAGACAAAUUAGUUGAUGGACUGGAAUCGCGAGGGUUUGGCGGCGCAGCGAGUACGGUGGGUGUGGCGUUAGGUGAACCGCCGAAAAAAUUAAAAGAUCA